AUCUAGAUAAUUUAUCUCAUCUGAUAGAUCAAUGCAUUUAAUAUAAAUAGCUAACAAAAAGAUUAUCGUUUUUAUUUAAACUAAGUAAGUUAUCAUAAUGAAACUGUUUAUAACGUUUUGUUUAGUAGCAAUAUUUUGCACUGCUCCUACCUUUGGUUCAGGAAAAAAUAUCGUAUGCUAUUUCUCGAGCUGGACAGUUUAUAGACACGGAGGAGACGGAGCUGGAUCUUUCGACGUACGUAACAUAGACCCAUCGUUAUGUACCCAUAUCAAUUUUGCUUUCAUUGGUCUUAACACGGAUGCCUCCAUUCACAUUUUAGAUCCGUGGGAAUCCAAUGAUGCCGGAGGUCCUGAGGGUUUUAAAAAUCUGGUAGCUCUAAAAGAAUCAAAUCCAAAUCUUAAAAUAAUUGUAAGUAUGGGUGGCUGGAACGAAGGAUCCGAGGUAUACUCAGAAGUAGCUGCAAAUGCAAUGUUGAGAAAAAUUUUGGCCAACAACGUUGCAUAUUUUCUAAAAGAGUGGAACUUUGAUGGAUUUGAUCUAGAUUGGGAAUAUCCUGGAUUGAGAGGAGGAGAAACAACUAUUGACAAAGACGAUUUUACGGCACUUCUGAAAGAACUUAGCAAUGUUUUAAAGCCUAAGGGAUACUUAUUAAGUGCAGCAGUAGCGGGAGCACAUGAGAAAAUUAAUGAAGCUUACGACAUUCCAGCGAUUACAAAGUUACUAGAUAUGCUCAAUGUUAUGGUUUUUGAUUACCAUGGUGCUUUUGACGAUUAUGUAGGACAUGUCUCACCACUUUAUCCCUCUAAAGUUGAUUACGAUUAUUAUGAUAAUAGCACAUACAAUGCAGAUGCAGGAAUUCAAUAUUGGCUGAAUGGUGGUGCAGACCCUGCAAAAAUAAACAUGGGUGUUGUCUUGUAUGGAAGAUCCUUUACUUUGGCUGAUAAAAAUAAUACCGCCCUUUAUGCUCCUGUCCUAGGUGGCGGUGAAGAGGGACCUUAUACACAACAAUCAGGAUAUUUGGGAUAUAAUGAAAUCUGCAAAUACUAUACAGACUCAACUUAUGUAUGGGAUGAAGAACAGAGAGUUCCUCACAGAUAUUGGGAUGACCAAUGGGUAGGAUUUGAAGAUGAGAAGUCUUUAACCGAAAAAGUAAACUAUGCUCUUGAAAAUAACUUAGGAGGUAUGAUGGUGUGGUCACUUGAUUAUGACGAUUUUAGAGGAGCAUGUGGAGAAGCAUAUCCAUUAUUAAAAACUGUAAAUAAAAUAAAUGGUUAGUGUAGUUUUUAUUAUUUAAAAUCUAGUAACAUUUGUUUUGUAUAUUGUUUAAAAUCUAGUAAUUUAUUAUUACAUAUACAUAAUUCCCUUAAUUAACAUUAAAAAGUGAAAAUGUUUAA